CUUAUCAGUUAUCAUCAAUAGUUUGCUGUUUGUUGCAAGAAAGUGUAAUCUUUAAUAUUUUUGGAUUUCCAUGCUGAAUCGCCUGUGUAGUUCGACUUUUCUUGGAAAGUACACAAACCACAGCGACUAGGAGUGAAGCAGCAAUGGCUGCAAUGCCAUAAUGAAUUAUGGCAGUGCACUAAUAAGUUACUUUUUAAUAACUGUACCCUUAAGUUUCUAACUGAUACUACGGGAUUCUUUUCUAUGCUACGGGAGUACUGUCAUCUCAUAUCUGGCAUCUGUACUUCUAAUCGUAAGUAGCGCCAGACAUCAUGUUGUCCGUUGUCGAAAUUGUGAAUCCGAUUGCAAAAGGAUUGCGAAAGGAUUCUAACGGCGUUACCGUCCAUACCCUAUACUUUUCACCAGAUUUUUGUGUGGUUACCUCGUGGAAAACUUCAACGCGCGCACCACUCGUUGAUGAGAGCAAGGAAAGCAUCGCCUCCGCUCCUCUGGAAAGUUCGGAGUUUGCAUUUGGUUGCUUUUUUCCAUCUGUGAGCGACGACAAAAGCUUAUUAAGCAGUUCCUCCUGCAAACAUAAAAUACAGCACCUCGGUAUCUCCAAAGAGCAACGCGCAAUAAAAGAAGGGACCACGAGAAGCCUGAAUUUGGACCCGCAUUUGAUCAGCUGUGUUGUGUUUGCUUUGUGCAGUUACAAACGUUUCCGCCGCUCUUUCAUCCUGUUCCUCCGAAGGACUUUCGGGCACAAGAAAAGUGAUGUGGUACAUCUUAAGCUUAAUUUGGUUUGGCCAUGCGCGAUCAAAAUUGAUUAUGCUUGGGAAAGACGGGUCUGGAUAGUAUGCAUGUGGAACGAGGUCCUGAAAGAGCACUUCGCGUGGUUGUCAACGCUGGGCGGAGCCUUCUCCGCCUUGGGCAAGAUCGGGUUUCGAGCCUUUGCGCAGAAAGCGCAGAAGAUAUCUGUUGCGCAACUCCGAUUAUCCUGCUUUCUUGGCGAUCCGAUUCUGUGCUGCCGAUCACGGAUUUAUGUUGCACUUAGCCUAAUUCAGCAACGAAACUUCCGCUUAGCGAAAAAGAUUUUGCGACGAGAAUUCGUAUUCGUUCGAACGGAAUUUGUGGCAUCCGAAGCAGAAAGGCUGGAGUCUAUCCUGCAAAGUGUAUGGUUGUAUUUAUUAAGCGAAAAGGAGGACCACAAAACGGAAGAGGAACAGCGAUUGUUGCAAAUACGAUCCGAUAAACUGGAAUUCCAUGAAGAGACUAUCCGGUCCAAAAAGUCUUUGGUCGAUACGAUUUUCACCAUUAGUGCUGUGCCGGCACCGUCCAUUUAGCACCGUCUCCGGAAGCUGUGAAAUCAGGUGAAUUGUGAAGCACUCAGAGCUAGUUUUAACUGGGACUAAUGUUUUCAUUUUUUCGGGACCGAGUGAUACUGUUUUUGCUUGUCAGAAAUGUAGUUUAUUUCUCAGGCAUCUUAUACAUUUAUUAUCGUCUGUUAAUGAAUUUUCUGUAAAGAAGAAUAAUUAAACAG